UGGAAACUUAGACUUCGCUGUCUUCAGUAAAACCUUACUCAGAAAGAUCGGGGAGGCGCGGACCUCACAGGGUAUCAUCUGCCAGCGAGGUGCUCUAUUGGUUUCGCCUAGCGAUCAUCAAGCUUGAUGAAGUUGAGACGCCUACUUGCCAUGCGUGUCACGUGUACCUUGCAUUGAUCAAGAAGAAGGGUCUCCGCGAGGAGAACGAAUUAAGUAAUUACCAAGUUGCCUCGAGGACAAUGAAGGUGGAGCUUUUUGCUCGUGGGUGUGUAUCAGCAGACGAUGAUCCGCAGCACCAUGUAGUGCGAUUGCAGAAUGACGGGCUUCACUUUCGCGACAGGUGCGCUUUCAGUUUUCUUGUUGACAUCACUGAUUCGUAGCGAUAGCUGUGACUGUGCGCAAGCCGCCUGCGAGAACGAAUAUUUUUUAGCGGAAAAAAAUCUUACACUGCAGCUUCAUUCCAGUCGCGGGUCUUUUCGCGGCCGCGAAUAACCAGGAAGCCGUCUUCGAGCGGGUCUGCUUUCCGCACCUUCGGGAACAGAAAAACGCGACUUUCCUGUUCUUUGGCGCACCGGGUUCGGGGAAAACGUACUACAGUUGACCUUUUCAUAUACUUCGCACUCUACAACUGAAGAUUGCUACGUAUAUCGUUCACAUUAAGAUAGAUCGAGAGAACGUAAAUCUGAUGUCCCAUCUCAGGCACACGGUCGAGGGAAAAUGGAACACGCCGGACCUGCCGGAGCACGGACUGCUUCCCCGCGCAUUGCAUUGUCUCUGCGUUCCCGCUGUGUCCUCGGCCUCUUCGCAACGCGAGAAGACGCCACUGGAAGCGAGCUUCGUGGAGUUUUCCGAUGGUGGCAUGUUCGACCUGCUGGCUGGGCCGCCCAAUGAGAUGGCGGGCGGGAGUAGCAGUUCCACCAGUUCUGGUGGUAGCGGCGCGACCUCAAAAGUCGGGCGCUUGUUUUCCUCCCCCCCGGCACACAACAAGUGGAAUUCAAGGAAUUUCACCUCCGGAACAGGUCCUUCUAUCAACGGAGGGAACCCCGCUGCGUCAAGUAACGCCCUUCGUCGUGUCGCUUCUCUGGAGAACGCAUUAAGGCUGCGCGGCGAACUACCCCCAGGCCAGGCGCUUGCGGAGAACCUUUCGCCUGUCGAGCAGGGGCAACUGGAACUAGACCGACUGCGACAAAUAUACAUGCAGGGAGCCAUGCGAAAAUCUCCGCAGUGCGCAACGUGUUUCCAAAUUUCCUCCGCCGACAGGAAAACCUGCUUCCGCUUCAUUGAAUUGCCAUUCGACGACACUUUCGCUUCCUGCCACUCACCGACAGAAACGGCAACCCGGUUGCGCGGAAGUAGCUUGAAGCAGCAGAGGAUUGCGUCGUCACUGCAGCACAACCUGCACGCUUUUAUGGAGGUACAACAAGGAGGCGCUCUGGAUUUUUCAUUUUCACUUUUAAGGUUCUGAUGGUACUUGCAGGAGAGCAGCACCAACAGAAGUGAAUGGCUUGCGAUCUGAGUCUUUGAGUCAGACUGCAGACACGACAGGAGAUCUAGAUCACGAUAUGUACUAUGUAUGCAACAUCCACAAACAACAGUGUUUGCAAGUAGUCGCGCGCGACGACGUGACGAACGGCGCGGCCGCCCCCGCGGCUAGAAAAGCCAGCACCAACACGUCGACGCCCGUUUUGACGCAGCAACCCCGCACUCACCUGGCCCGGUUGCUCGAGAUGCGGGGCGCAGCUGCGCUACACACCAGCACUCUCGUGGUCACGUAUUGCUUCCGGUUGGACCGCGAGACGGAAUUGCGGGCCGCACUACCUGUGUUACAGACCCUGUCGGAACUGGCGACCGUGUUCCCGAAGCAGGUGCAACCGAACGCCGCUUCCACCCCGAGUCCCGCGUUUUCCUCCGGACCUGCGGGCUCCGGCUUGCUAACCCGCACCAACGAGCAGGCGAAUCUGCGUUUGAACCACCGGUUUUCUUCUCCACAGCACUUGAUCAGUGACUCCCCGCUCGUGCAGCACUCCAUGCUCUCUGCGCUAAGCUGCGAACCAGGGAACGAGGUAGUUGACGACGCAACCUUCAAAGUCGAUGUGGGAGGUCCCGCAGAAUUAGUUCUCGAGCAAGCAGAUGCGGCCGGCAGUGGGGGGAACAGGAGCAGCAACAUUGCUCGAGGUACAACUGCAACCGGUACUACGUCUACGAGCGCCAUCUUCACCAAGGCGGAGCAAAGACAGCAGCAGCAGCGCACGAUCGACCUUCUGGCUGCACAGGUGAAGCACCUCUCGACUGCCAGCACGACUGACGAACAACGGUCCACGACUGCUAGCACUAGGGACCAGCAGGGAAGCAGCACUGGCGCGCCUGCGCAAGCGCACCCAUCUUCGUCCUCGUCCGCUUCUCGGGGGGUGAUUGGUGGUCCGUCCUCUUCACAAAUCCAACCAAGACCACCGGAGGUGUCAAUGUCAAAUGUAGCAACCAUAGGUCAACAUUCGGAAGCAGGAGCACACUCUGAACUAGUGUCUCCGGAGCUCGUCAACGACGACGACCCGACGCAAACUAGACACGAUGCCAACAGCAUCAAUGGAACCAAAAAUCCAACCGCGUAUGGAGCUGGUUCUGCUCUGACGAAGAAAGGCACCCGAGCAACGUUUCCUUUCGACAAAGCGCAGGCUGCGGCAACGUCGCCCGUUCUAGCAGACCCUGGCCCGCAGAUUGCUCCGAUCCGCGACAAGAGCACCACCAGCCCCAGUGUCCCGGCAGAGUUCAGCCACCAAGAGCUGCAGGCGCACAACAUCAUGCAGCAAGCCCCGGCGUGUGAAGCAGAGCGUCCGCGCGCCGAACCCCAGCUGCUGAAGAGAACAAGCUCGGUUGCUGCGAACAGAUUUCCCCGAGUGCCUCUCACAGCCGAAGAUAGCUUUGGAAGCAACUGCCGACAAUACAUGGAGACGAGCUCGAGGUUCUUGAAGCUAGUGCAGGAGGAGUACCUUCCCGUGCACGACCAGCUGUCAGCAGACAUUGUGCAGGUUUUGCACCAACUGGAGUCUUUGCGGAUUGCGCAGUAUGCCGGCAAAGCGUGCCAUGGGCCGGACGAGCGGGAGACAAGCUUGAAGAUGCUCCUGGAAAAAAUCGUUCUCAGCCGCACAAUCGGCGAAACCCUGCGCUUUCAGCACGACGAACUGAUGCACGCGUUGCUGCCGAUGGGAAGCGAUGGCGCUGGUACUUGUGCGAAACUGUUCAUCGAUUCAGUGAUGUUACUAUGUGUCCUAGGUGUACGUUUUUCGACACCGAAAAGGUGACCGUCAUAAACAUAAUUUCAAAUCAGGUGCGACAACCGAGGAGCGAUUGCGCACUCUGCAAGUGAAGCACCAGUACGUAAGUGCGCCGCCUGCGAUCCGGCUUGCUCUCCGUAGUCUUCGUCGUGGCGCCGCACAGGCAGUUCUCGAUGAAAACACGGGAUACAGUGUCGCCACAUCCUCAAAGUCAGCCAGUCAAGAGGAGGAGUUGUGCUCUGAUCCGUCUUCGAAGCUGCAUCCAGCGAGCAGUCUGAUCGCGAAGAAUUUACGCAAUCGCGGCAUUCUGAAUUCUAUGCCUGGCUCAACGGUUACCAGCGGCGGCGCUAGAACGGCAGGCGCCGUUGCGGCAACGACGCUCUUCCCCGCCUCCGGUUUUCAGCACGGAGGACCCCAAGUUGUACAUCCGUCCUCGGUGCCCCCUCUCGCGUUGGAGAGGUUGCCGCCACCAAUUCCCCCGGACCCGGAUAACAAGCCGUGCUACAUCGUGAAUCCGUCCUCACUCGAUUACGAUGAAGAUGAAAGUGACGCCGACAUAAUCGUGGAACAAAAUCAGCAAACUAGCAGUGUGCAGCCAAAAGGGCCGUCGCCAGCACACGAAGUUCCUGGGAACACACGCGGCAUUCUUCCGCAGCAUGCACACCUGGCUGCACCUCCCGCACCCGCAGCAGUCGGAAAUAAGAGUGGCGCGAGCAAUAUUCUGGUGAGCGGCGCGGGGAUCCUACCCAGAAAGUCGACGAGCACUGGCAGCGGGAGUGUGUCCGCGCAGCAGCCGCCUAUCGCGAACCAGGUACGGCCGACGAGUGAGAAACCCACGAUGCUCGGCGGCGCGCGACACUUCGCUGAGAUGCUGACUUCUCCGGGCUUGAACUCAACAAGCACGCCAGGAUCUGGAGGCAUGCUCGGGCCGCUGUCCGGAGGCAGUUCAUCUUCCUCAACGGUAUACUUGUUUGCGUCGAAUAUUUUGGAAGUCUACUUCUACACUAGUUAGUAGGCGAUUUUCCGAACGACCGUUAAGCGGAAAGUUUGGAACUCAAUCCUUGUCGCCAUGAGCAUUGCGACUAUUUUUGAAUGACGGGUGGUAUUUUGAAAAAUAGCUUCAUAUGUCAGACAGUAACUCGCGCGCCAUAAGACGCGAGCAAAGGGUUGAAAAUGAAAACUGAAACUUCAGGGAAAUCUCACCAGAGGUGGCAUGCAACACCGGGGCGGCCCUGCUUCGCUACGAACACAAAGCGGGACGAACAACAACAUGUCUCUUUGGCCGCGCACGCGCUUAGGUAUGAGCCCGUCUCCCUUGCGCUGCACUACGACGUUCCAAACGCUCGAAAAGCGGGUUGCUGUUUCGGACAAGAAGGACUACAAACACAACAGUGAUCGCGAAAGACCACAUGCACAUCCUCUGAACCGAGGUACGGAUCACGACAGCCGCUCCGUCGGGCGCUUCCUGUACGCGCCACCACCAAAAAUGCGGCUACAAAGCACGGCCCACUCUCUGAAUACCAGCGGGGCGUCGAACAACAUAAGUGUCAGCAACGUCACAAACGGCACGACAACUAGCGCGUCACCCUCCGCCGGCGGCGCUACGUGUCCGGCCGGUCCGGUGGCGGGUCGCGUUUCGCCCGCGCAUUUGCGGAAGAGCAGCUCUACGGCUGGUUUCGGUCUACAGCGAGUUGGGGUCUUUACACCCUUUUUCAAGUGCAACCAAAGGCACAUGUCACCAGUCGCGCAACAGCAUCAGCCCCACAUCGUACACCCACGUCCGGUUGCGGCCGCGGCGAGGUAGCACGUGCAGAGGACUCUUUGUGUCCUAGUGUCACAGGCUUCACCAGCAAUGAAUCGUGAUCAGUACGAUUAUGGAUGAGUGUCGCAGCUGCAGCUGUGGAGUAUGACACACAUUUUUUUGCGGAAACACUGCGGCACUUUUCUUGAGUUUGCGAAACUUCGCAGUUGGAAAUGUACGAAACCCGGGCUGGCUUGCAGCGACAGUGCUCACGCCGCGCCGGUGAUCAGACAUAGAAAUGAAGCUUUUGGCAUUUCGAUCCAGAACCAGGCGGAAAAGGAAAUGCACACUGCGUGUUUUCACACAUCAAAAUGAACAUCAUCGGAGGAAGGUAGAAAAGAAUGAGAAAAGAAAGAGCUGCGAAUAAGUACACGUCUCGGCACAAGGCUACAGCUACAUCGGCGGGCUGAUAGCACGAGCAUGCACGUCAUCCGCUACAGCCGCGUGCUGAUGCGAGCAGGCACGCUAUCCGCGGAACGUGGGCGCAGAAGAUUUUUUGUUCCUCGCGGUUCCGGUUCCCCUUUACCUUCUAAGUAAGUACUUCAUUUGUUUCCUCAUUUGAAUUUGGUGUCGCCCUGCUGGCUUCCAUCG